ACUGCCUCCUUGCGCUGUGACCAUCUUAAUUUGGCCAUUCAUGAAGCUGAGGAUGAGAUGAUGUCAUCCCAAUCUGCUGCUGCCCUGCAUACAAAAUCAGACUGAAAGCCAACUCACAAACUUAUCCCCUCCACCAAAUCACAACACCCACAUCACAUUACCUUUAGUAGUAAAACUGUUAAAAUGUCCUUCUCUCUGCGAAGAGCAGCUCAGCUCACUCAGUCCAUUCGAACCAGCUCGAAUCCCAUGAGAUCCUAUGCAGCCUUGGCGGGUCAUCUUGCCGAGAAGCCUUCUCGCGGGUCUGAUGUAGCCUGGAUCCUUGCAGCGACGGCGAUCUUUGUGCCCACGAUGGGAUAUUUGAUGAGUCCCAAGGCUGCCCAACACUCGUCGACGAGCCAUGCCCAUCCGGUCGAGGAUAAAUGGUCCCGCUCGUUCGCGCUCGAGGAUCUCAACUCGGCCAAGCUUAACAGACCCAUCAUGGCUGAGGAUGACGGGAUCGCGCCUGCUGGUGAAGGCAGACCACAUGGUCCUGGUGAUAAGAGCAUCAGACAGAUCACCAAGCCUACCGAAACUCAUGCAGGCCACCAGGUCUCCAUGCACAAAGAAACCGAAGAGAUCCGAGGAGGAUCGGGUAAAAUGGAACAUGCUCGGGCGUUGAGCGCUCAGAGAGACUCACAAUCUACUACUAUCGACACUAAAGCUGUUCGAGCUCGCGCCGCUGUCGACCAUCAAGAUAAACAUUCUUCUUAAAAACCAAGACAACGAACGGACCCUCCCUC